GCUUACAGAACAGACCAAGAAAAAGAGACCAGUCGCCCCCAUGUAUCUGAUCAAACCCAACUACAAAAACCCACCUCUCCCCGACCCUUUCACUAGCAUCGAUCGCUCUCUUGCCUCAUACUUUCUUCUUUCAGGCAUUUUCACAAACACUUUCCUAAAAGAAACGUUUUCCCUUCACUAACAUGGCCAGACCACAACAGCGAUAUCGAGGCGUCCGACAAAGGCAUUGGGGCUCUUGGGUAUCUGAGAUUCGCCACCCUCUAUUGAAGACUAGAAUUUGGCUAGGAACAUUUGAAACGGCCGAGGACGCUGCCCGAGCCUAUGAUGAAGCUGCAAGGCUCAUGUGUGGACCAAGGGCUAGGACCAACUUCCCUUAUAACCCAAACGCAUCUCAAUCAUCAUCAUCGUCAAAACUUCUCUCGGCAACUUUGACAGCCAAGUUGCAUAGGUGCUAUAUGGCUUCGCUGCAAAUGACCAAACAAACAUCACUUUAUGAACAGAAACAAAAAGCUCCAACUUCACACGCUAACACCACCCCAAUCUCCACCACAACCACCACCCCCAAUGGCAUUGCUAUAAAACGUGAGGAAUUGGGUUCCCAGUUGCCUGAGAAAUAUCCAUUGCAAGUUCAAGAGACAGAGGCAAACUGGGUUGUCAAAAAAGUUCAGGCUGACAGCAUCCAGCAGCAGUUUAUGCCUCUUGAAGAGCAUCACAUAGAGCAAAUGAUCGAGGAGUUGCUUGAUUAUGGGUCUCUCGAGCUAUGCUCUGCUGCACCACCUCAGCCUCUGUAAUGUGUAAUCCACAAGUUUCACAAAAGACACCCUCCUUUAGUCUAGUAAUCAGCUGCCACUGCCACUGGCACUCGUUUCAUUUGCUAAUUUAACCCCGAUUUUAAUCAGCCUUGAUUUCUAUGGCUUCUUCAAGUGUUCUAAUGUUUUAGAGUCUAGCUAGAUCCCACUCUGGUCCCUGGAAGUAUCCCCUAAGUGACUCAUUUGAUGAUGAUUAAUGUACAGUAGAGUAUUUCAUAAAUAUAUAUAUCAUGUUGUCCUA